AUGCCUCCCUACGAGAAAGGGGGCAGCACAACCACCCGCCAGCCUGCCAUGCCUUCCCUAAGCGCAAAGACAAUGGGCCGACCUCCCCUGACUCCUAAAGUCGCUGCCAAACCCUCUCCUCCCGUCGUCACCCCCAUGGGUCGUCGCCGCAACGAUAACACCAAUAGCGCCAGGGACGAUCUGACGAGCCCGGCGCCCUUCCUGGCCGCAACAAGCGUCACGCCUCGAUCGGGCGGUCGUCAGAGCCGUGGCAACAGUGCAAACACAACCCCAAACGGCACUCCGAACCCGGACAGAAAUGAGUGGGACCGCCAGCCGAUACUCGAGCCCCCGAGGCGCCAGGUCGUCACCUUCAGCCCUCCCUCUAACGUCGGCAGCCGGAACGAUGCACCGGAAUCCAAGUUCUUCUAUGCCAGCGAGGCAAAGCCAUCCCAGCCUGCUCCCCAGCCUGCUCCCAAGCUCGCUCCUCAAACACGGUCCGUAGCACCGGCCCAGCGAGGUUCGACCUUUAUCGCAGUCGAGGAGAAUAGGCCGACCUCCCCCGGCAUCGGACUCACACCGGUGCUGGCACCGUCGCUCGCACCAUCCCUCUCCCCGUCUCUUGCACCGGCCCCAGAACCACCAUCGAGCAAGUUCUUUUACGCAAAUGGAGCACCCAACCUGCAGCCCGGGUUCCGUCCUUCAUCCGCGGCUUCAGGCACCGGAUCAGUCGCUUCGGGAUCGAGCAGGCUGCACAGGACCUCGGCGGGCUCGGCUGGUGGCUUUCAGAUGGCACCACGGCCUCUCUCGCCCAACAAACCGGCGCAGCCUCCAACGUCUGCGCCGCUCCUUAAGAGCAGCAGCAUGCCUCCUCAUACUAUUGGCCGAGCUCAGAUGACCAGCCCGCCGCCUCUCGCCCCAUCGUCGCAUAAGCGCAGGACAAGCACCGAAACGGUUUCGCAAGUGGCAAGCUACGUCGGAUCCGAGGCUCCAGCUACCGACGCCAUGAUCAUGUCCAAAUUCAUGGCCUCACAAACGUCAACUCCCUCCGAGAUGCCUUCCCCGACAGCAUCGAGCUUUUUCCCUCAGCAGCCCAUCACCAUUGCAUCGAUACUUCAGGCGGCAGACGACCUGGAGGAGGAGGAAGAAGACGACGACGACGAUGAUGACGACGACUCGGCCGACGAGUCCAAGGACCUGGACGUCCCCAACAGCCCGAGCAGGUCAUCGCAUGGCGAUCCUCUCAACGACAUGGUCCUCAAUGCGAGAAGAGAACGCAAGGUGCAGGACUUGGAGAUUAGAAAUGGCUCUCUAGAGGCUAUCAACAGGUCAUUGGAGAGGCAGCUACGAAAGCAAACUGCAGAAUUGAGGAGAUACAAGAGAUUAUCGCGAUCUGGACGCCUGUCAGUCCCCACCUCCGCACCAUCUAGCCGCGUAACUUCGGAUACCCAGCCCGGGGGUCUCGACAUCGAUGGACUGGACCUGUCGGACCUCAGCGAGGAGGAGGCCGGGGAUGGCCCGGAAGACAUGGACGAUUCCAUGUUUGAGUCAUCUGAACUAUCCGAGACGGACUCGGCAUCUGCUGCCAGUCCCAAGCAAGAUACUGACCGGGACGUACGCCGCCGGACCCGGGACGAGAAACGCCUGCAGCUGGAUCUUUCAAAGCACAGGGAGUUGCUUGUCGACAGCCAAAAGAUCAAUCAGAGCAUCAAGAGGUGCUUGAACUGGACCGAGGAGCUCAUCAAGGAGGGAAAGAAGGCUCUCGAGUACAACGUGCGCCCCAGUGACGUGCAGCUGCCCCCGCGGGUGCUCCGCCCGGCGUACCUGGAAGAGAACGAGGAAGGCGAGCGGGGACAAAAGAACGAGUUCUCAGUCUCAUUACCAAGCAGCCCAUCGGAGUCCACGAGGAGCCUUUCGCCGCAUUGGAGCAAGGAGCCGCAGGACCGCGAUAGCGGAAUCGAGUUGCCUGCAGACGGCUGA